AAGUGUAUUUAUUUAUAACUAAAAAAUAUUAUUAAAAAAAAUAUCACAAAUUUAUUGAUUGACAAAUUGAAUUGAAAUAAUUAAAUUUAAGUUUGUUCUAUUUCGAAAAAUAUACAAUUGUAGUUAUUGUAUUGUGUGGAAUAUAUAUAAUAUAUACGUUACUGAUUAUGGAAAAACAAGAAAACAAUUUUCUAUUUUAAAUAAAAGAAAAAGAAAAUAAAAGCAACAAUAACUAUUAAUCAAGUUGGAAUGAAAUAACAAAGAAAGUAAAGUGCUGUAAAAAAUGACAAUCGGAAAUAAUCUUAAUUAAUAGCUGAUAAAAUAACCUUAAAGACGAGACAAAAUAUCUUAACCUUUAUUUUAUUUAUUGCAUUUAUUGUGAUUGACAUAUAGACUUUCCCAAGAUUUUAACACUAUUUUUUAUAAAUUUUUCCAAAUAUUUCUUUUAUAAUUUAUUAAUAGUGAUUUAUUUGAAUCGUCGCAUCGAUUUUUUUUUACUUCUAUUACGCAGUCAAAUGACUAAGACGUAAUAAUUUUUUUCGACAAAUUUUUCAACAUCAGAACAAUGUUAAAGUGCAUUAUUUAUUGGAAUAAUAUUGACAAAUUGAAAUUUAGAGAACUAUUAUUAAAAUGACGAAUAAUAAUAUUAGUGAUAAAGAAGUACAGUCUCACGAAACCUUGAAAAAUAAAUUUGAAGGUUAUGUCGUUGGAAUCAUCAUCAAUAUUAGUGGGCUGUCAAAAAAAUAUGUGUCAAAACGGAGAAAAAUGCAUGUGCCUAUGGCGUGGUAAUGAUCGUGUUAAUUUUACAUUUGAAGAUCCACUCAAUGGUUGUAUUACAAAAUUGAGUAAUGUUAAGGAACGAAUUUUUCUUUCAACAUCAACAUUUGACUUGUAUCAUGGAACAAUAUCUUGCGAAACAAAUUCAUCGUCUGAUUCUAUUUUAUUCGCGGUUACGUUUAAAAGAGCUCAAUUUUAUGCUAUUAAUAUUGAUGCAAAUAGUGAAUAUUUAUUUAUAGUUAAUGCCGAUGGUCAUGUAUUGAAAGUAAAUCCAUUGGAUUUGAAUGUUAUACAAACAAUUAUUCUUAAAGAUGAAAUUAAAUUUUGUUGUCAUGGAUACGAGCAGGAUAAUGAGAUAACGAAAAUAAAAUCAAUUGCUGUUAAUGAUGAAUCAGCUUUGUUUGUCACAGAAAAUGGUCAACUUUGGGCUAGUGGUAAUCAUCCGGAAUUGGAAAUAAAUUCAAUUGAACCAAAGAAAGUGAUAUUUUUCGAAGGAAGAGUUGUAUUUGAUUUGGCUUGUGGUUUUAAUUUUCAUGCUGUGAUUGUGAGAAAAAUUAAUCGCACAUUAAAGGAAGAUACCGAUAGUGAUAAUGAAAUUGAUGAUCAGGUUUUUGUCAAAUCAUGUCCACAAUGUUUAAAUAAUGCAAUGAUUAGUCCAGUUAGUGUUGCAUCAUCCGAUACUUAUCCAAUGGGUCAUCAUUGUCAACAUUUUAGUGAUCGUUCUUCAAAUUCAUUAAGUGCAUUAUCAAGUGCAAGUAAAGAUGAUGAUAAUUUAGCAAAUAAUUUUAAUGAGAUUAAUGGAAUUUUUGAGACGGAGAAAAAAAAUAAUGUUAUGUUCAUUAAUACGGAAGCUGCAAAACAAUUUUUAACACGACAAUUGUCAUGGGUUUCUUCCUAUGGAAGUGGAAAGGAUGAAGUUCAAGUUGAUACUACUAGUGAUAAUCCAACAAAUUUGAUAAAGCAAAAUGUUUCAAAUAUGGCAAAUUUAGUUUAUGAAGGCGUUAAAACAGUGGGCGAUAAAGUUGCAACUUUAUCGAGACACGUGAGUGGAAGUUCUGAUGUUAAUCAGGAGGAUGAAAGUACAAUGAAAAUUGAGGAAAAUAAACGAACACAAAGUUUAAUUCAUAGUUUAAGAUGUGAGGAAUUUCCAUGGUCAUCAAGCGCAGGAUCGUCGGAACAUGAAAUUUCACAACAGGGUUUAAAUGAAAGAAUUAAUUUACUUGUUCGUGAGGGUAAUAAUUUAUUAUCAACUGAACUUUGGACAUGGGGUGAUGUUAAACAUGGACAAUUGGGAACAGGUGAUACUGUAAAACGAUCGAGACCUGUUUUAGUUACAAAAUUAUCACAAACUGGUGUGAAAAAAAUUUCCUGUGGUUCUUUUCACAGUGUUGCAAUAACACUCGAUGGUCGUGUAUUUACAUGGGGUAGAAAUAAUUGUAAACAAACGGCAAAUGAAUGGAAUUCAUGCCAAAGUGCACCAAUGUUAUUUAACACGUCAAAAGUUUCUAAAUUAGCGAAUAAUUAUCCUGGAAAUGAGAGAGCAAAAGAUAUGUCAGCUGGUACUGAACACACUUUUGUUUUAAUGCAACCGGCCUUGUUACUUUUUCUCGGAAGAUUUCAAUAUUCUUACGAUGGACUCAAUAAAUCUGAUGCGUCGAGUGAAUUAUGUGGUUUUUUUGAUGCAUCAAACGUUGAGGAUUUUUCAUGGAAUAAUUUAAGUCGUGUUCUUUGUUCUGGACCAUUCAGUUGUUGUACAACAACAACAAGUCCAUCGCCAAAUGAAAUAUCAGAAGAUUUUAUAAAUGAGCAAAUAUUUUUAGAAGAAUUAAUAUCAUUCUAUCAAAAUUUAAUUAGACCGUUUCAAAAAAAAGGAGCAAUAACAGAAUCGAAUGUUUAUGAAACAUUAUGUCGAUGUUAUAGAGAAUUAAUGAAUAUCACGGCAUUAAAUGUACAAAGUUUAUCUGAUUAUUAUAAUUAUAUGGGAAAAACUUAUGAUGUGACAAUUAUUGCAAAUGUCGAUGAAUGUGUGGCAAUUUAUAAAUAUUAUUUAAAUGCAAUUUGUGAUGUUAUAUCGCUUGGUGGUUUCACGUAUAUUGCAAGAAUAAUUGAAUUACCACAGGCAAUGCCAAAAAAAUUACACGAUUUAAAAUUACCAUCGGGAACGAGAAAAAUGAAUAAUAAUGAAAAUAUAAUUGCCAAUGCAUUACAACAUCCAUUGUGUAGCCUCAAUAGAUAUAAGACAAUGAUAAGUAAUUUAAUAAAAUGUAAUGGCUCAAAAAUGGGUAUUGAGAGACUUAAGGAAGCAUUGAGUAAAUGGGAGAGAAUUAUUGAUGAACAAGAGAAACGACAGAGAGAAGCUGAUAUUACAAAACAAUUUUGGGAAGGAUCGGGAAAAUUAAUUGAAUUAUUGAGAUCGCCUGAAAGGAGAUUAAUUAGAGAAUCGAGAACACAUCCAAUUGCUGUUUUAAAUUCAGGAAGAUUUACAACUCAUUGGUUUGUUUUAUUGACUGAUAUAUUUAUUCAUAUUACUGGAAGUUCUUAUGUUUCAUAUCCAUUGCCAACAUUAUGGGUUGAACCUUUACAAGAUUCUGAUACACUACAGAAUGCAUUGUCAGUCAUAACACCGGAAUGUAGUAUUACACUUUAUGCACCUUCGGCUGUGGCAAAAAACGAAUGGUUACAAUCGCUUCACGCUGCGAUAAAUUGUAGUUUACCGAGAGUUAUUGGUCAUAAACCGCCAAUGGCACGAAAUAGUAGUUUCACAUUUACGAAACAUCCAACUUAUAAGGAUGCUAAAUAUACUGGCCGUUGGUUUAAUGGAAAACCAGACACUGAUGAAUCUUACGGUCAAAUGGAUUGGCCUGAUGGGAGAAUGUAUAAAGGACAAUUUUCCAAAGGUGUUAUUAAUGGCUAUGGCACAAUGCACAAUCUUACGCAAGGAAUUUAUCAGGGACAAUGGAAGGAUGGACAGCAAAAUGGCUAUGGCACUAUGAAGUAUAUGAAUGGAGAUGUUUAUGAAGGAUAUUUCAAAGACGGAGCUCCUCAUGGGCAUGGGACGAAAAAAGAAGGUCAUUUUAUGGCUUCUGCUGCCUCAGUAUAUAUUGGAGAAUGGGUAUCAGGAGUUAAACAAGGCUAUGGCAUUAUGGAUGAUAUUAAAACGGGUGAAAAAUAUCUAGGCUCUUGGAGCAAUAAUAUGAAACAUGGCUGUGGAUUAAUUGUAACUUUAGAUGGAAUUUAUUACGAAGGAGUCUUCGUGCAAGACGUUUUGACGGGUCAUGGUGUGAUGGUUUUUGAAGAUGGCACACAUUAUGAAGGAGAAUUUAAGUCGGCCGGUAUUUUUUGUGGAAAAGGAACUUUAACAUUCUUCAGUGGUGAUAAAUUAGAAGGAAAUUUAAGUGGAGCUUGGGAUGAAGGCAUUAAAGUAAACGCGACAUUGCAUAUCAAAAAAGCUAAUGACAACUCACAUAAUAUACCUAAACCAACUUGCUUUGGAAAAUUCUUCACACCUUCUGAAUUACCAAAAUCAUUUGGUAAACUUUGUGUGCCUCCUGAUCAAAAAUGGAAAGCAAUAUUUCGUCAAUGUUAUCAACAGCUCGAUGUACCUGAACAAGGAAUUAAAAGUGCAAUUAAAUUCAAUGAAACACAAAAAUUAUGGGACAAUGUUGCUGUUAUUAUUUCAAAUUCAUAUCAUAAAAAAUUGAAAUUUAAUAAAACAACAACAACAACAAAAGAAACAAUUAUGAAAAAUGAAAUAGCAAUGGAUACAUUGUCAAAAAUACCUGAUUUUGGUCGUGAUAAAUUGAAUUUGACAAUUUAUAAUGAAAUUUAUCAAUAUUUAACAAUAGCAUUUGAAAGUAGUCAUCAUCCAUUGGGAAAAUUAUUGACGGAACUUACAACAGUUUAUACUGCCACUUAUGGAGGUGUGAGAGUUCAUCCUUUAUUAAAAAGUCAUGCAGUCAGUGAAUUAAGAAGUCUUACUACGAGAAUUUAUGAAAUUAUUACAUUAUUCUUCCCGGCAUUGCCAGAAAAUGGUGAGGAAUGUUUGUCGGUGAUUGAAAAACAUGAUGAUGUUAAAGAUGAAAAUAUUUCUUAUGAUGAAGCGAAUGAGGGUGAAUUUUCUAAGCCUCAGGAAUUAGAGGAAAGAAAAGUGAGUAUUGACGCAGCAAUUUUGCAUCCAGUUUUGCUUCCAAGAGUUCAUUCGGCGUUAUUUUUUCUUUAUGCUUUGGAUAAUAAAAAAGAUGACGAUGCCUAUUGGAAGCGAUUAAUUAAAUGGAAUAAGCAACCCGAUAGUACAUUAACGUCUUUUCUAGGCAUUGAUCAAAUAUUCGGAGAAAGUAAUUCGAUUGAACAAGAUUCUAAAGAACCUCUGUUUAGUAAAGCAAUUGAAACUUUGCAACAAUUGAAAACAACAUUUACACCUUUGGAAAAAUUAAAAGUAGUUCAUAAUACAGUGAAGCAAGUGGAACAGGUGGCAAAAGCGAAAAUGGGUUCUUCUUAUAAUCUAAUAAUGGAUGAUCUGAUUCCUGCUUUUAUUUAUGUAGUAGUAAGAGCCAGUGUUCUUCAGUUAGGAAGUGAAAUCAAUUUUAUUACUGAUUUCAUUAAAGAUUCUCGUUUGAAGAAUGGAAAAUUUGAUUUUGCAUUCACCACUCUCACGGGCUCUUAUCAUUAUAUUCUCCAUGAGAAGAUGACAAAUGAAUGAUGUAGAGAAAGUGGAGCUUUGCAUCGAUUGUGAGAGAGAGAGAGCAAGCAACAAUGAACAAUAUUUUCUUCAAAGCAAAGCCAAUAAAAUGUGCCAGGAUCAGAGUCCAAUUCAAGUGUUAUAUUUUGCAUACACUUAAAUAUUUACUAUACUGGUGCGAAAAAUUUAACCAAUGUUAAGAAAACUAUUCUAGUCCCUCAUUCAUUAAUCAUCAUAAAGAAAACUUUCUUUUUUUUCAAGUGAAUCAAUCUCUUGAAUAUAUAUAAUAAUUUAAAAAAGAAAUUCGUAAAAAAUUAAUUUUAAUUAAAUUAAUUUAAUUCAAGACAUACGUAAGUAUUUUUUAAUUUUUAAUUAAUUUCUCUUUUUUUCAAUAAUUAAUAAUUUUUAAAUAUUUGACUUAUUUUACAUUAAUUUUAUUAAAUUCUUUAAAUAAAUGAUGAUAAAAUCAAAAAUUAGAAAAAAAACAAUGAUAUGAACGAAAGAGUGAAUGUUACAUUCUGAUCUUCCCUUUUAAUUUUAAUUGAGCUCAAUCACGUACAAAAUACAUAAUUAUAUUAUAGUACUUGUAGGCUUUUAAUCACAAUAAGUGUUGAAAAUGAAGAGAUGUAGUCUAUUUAAAAAUUCAAAAAGGUAAACGGAUUUAAUAUAAGCGCUGAAAAAAAUACAGUAUAUAUUAAAUAUAUAAUAUUGUGCAAUAACGUAUUCAUUCCAUAUUUUCAUAUUCACAAGUUAAUCAUGAUAUUAAAUUAAUAAUUACAAAAAAAAAACAUUC